AUGUAUCUGACAUGGAUAUAUGAACACUGUAAACCACAAUGCUCCAUCGUUUCGACGUACGAGCGCAAGUCCGCACGCGAAAUGCGGUACUCCGCACCUGUCUACCUAGUCGGCAUCUGUACACUAUGGAAACUAUCUCGUACAGCCAGGGUACUUCAUCCAACUCUCUUCAAACACAUAACAACCCACCCCCUAAAACAACACAAUGGGUUCUUGUAUAUACCUCGGUAUUCUAACCACCUCGUAGAGCUAUCCCCAACAGCCCUCACAGCGCUCUCCACCUUUAAGAAAGACCCAUCACUCUUCGCCCUCCUCCUCUCCCCAUAUCUCUCCAACUCAGGAACCUCAACCACAAUAACCCUCGACCCGGUUUCUUCUCCUCUCCCAUUCCCUUCCUCUCCUUCCACAACUACUACAACGAGUAGUAAAGACCGUCUCGCCUUCCAACACGCCCUAAACACUGUCGAACCCCAUCUCAAGCCGCGCUCAGCACUCUACAUCCUCCUCCGUUGUCGACGACGCCAUCCUCCCUCUUCUCCGCCCUCCACCAAUAAUGGCACUGCAGAGGAACGCCAGCUGGUAUUUAUAACAUAUAUUCCAUACCAAGCCCCCGAAGCGAGUACCACAGCACUGCUAUCCCACCGCAGCAAAAUCCUUCAACAUCUCGAUCUCGCAGAAACCGAACAAGUCACUGGGUCUGUACUCUCCCUCGUCUGCAAGGAAGUCGGCGAGAUUGCGGAUAUCCGGUCGUGGGAUGAGAGGGAGGGCGUUGGACGGGUUUCUUCAAAGGGAAUUGGGGCGUGGAGGAAGGAUAUGUCCGAUGCUGAGGACGCGAAGAAAGAGGGGAAGGGAGAUGGAGAUGGACAGGUGGAGAAAGGCAGCGAGGAAGGAGGACGAGAAGUCAAAAACAUCGGGUUCCAGCGUAACAAAUGCAGGCUUUGCGACCGGCGCAUGAAGAACCAGAUCGAUGACGAUGCUUUGACGGCGCUGUCGACGCGUUUGGUGAAUAGGGGGGAUUGCGUUGUGCUUGUAAGGCUCUUCCUUCCCCUUCCUUUCCUAAUCUCCCCAUUUCCUCCAGACUCAACCAUGCUAAUGGAAUGCCGCCCUCAAAACAUACAUCCCGGUCUCCACCCCGACUUUCACAUUCUACAUCCACCCGAUUUCCUCGGUCCUAUACUUUAUAAAUUCGUGUCCAGACGACGCGCCCGUGAAGUGGAGGAUGGCGCAUACCAUAGCCGUCGCGGGGCUGGUCAAUGUGAUUGCUAGG